GCGGCAGCACCGCGGGGCGGAGAGCGGGGCCGAGCGGCCGGGGCCGCUUCCCGUGCGCGCCCCGCGAGAAGCGCGGCGGGGAGGCUGGCUUGGCAGUGUGCGCGUUUCCUGCCAAGGAUGGAGGUGUUCCCGUCCCCCCUGGAGUCCGCCAAGUUCAUAGCCGAGCACAGCAAAGAUGUCUCCGUGGACGAGGAGGGAGCGCGGCGGGUGGCGGAGAGCCUGUUCGACAAAGUCUCGGCGGCAGAGUUCGGGCUGGCGGGGUGGAAAAGCCUACACGAGCUGAACCCCCGGGCCGCCGACAAGGAGGCUGUAGACUGGGUGUUCCUGGUGGACACUCUCAACUUCUCCUUCUGGUCCGAGCAGGAGGAGUGCAAGUACCUUGUGAAGUACAAGGACAAAACCUACAGCGGCUACUGGUCGCUGUGUGCCGCCGUCAACAGGGCCCUGGACGACGGAAUACCUAUCACCAGUCCAUCCUAUUUUGCCACCAUGACGCUUGACCAAGUUAGGCACGUAUUUCGCUCUGACACAGAAGUUCCUUUGCCUUUGAUUGAAGAAAGACACCGGGUGCUGAACGAAAGUGGAAUCGUUCUGUUAGAGAAGUUUGGAGGGUCUUUCCUCACCUGUGUUAAAAUGAGUGAGAAAAGUGCUCAGAAACUGCUACAUAUCAUACUGGAAAAUUUUCUUUCUUACAGAGAUGAAGCUGUAUUUGAGAAAAAGAAGGUGUCUUUCUACAAACGGGCACAAAUACUUGUGGCUGACACAUGGAGUGUUUUAGAAGGCAAAGGAGAUGGUUCUUUUGAUGAUAUUUCCAGUCUGACGAUAUUUGCUGACUACAGAAUUCCACAAGUUCUUGUUCACUUAAAAGCAAUGAAGUAUUCUGAAAAAUUAAUGAAGAAACUACGUGAAGGAGCACUUUUCCAAUCUGGAGACAAAGAAGAGGUAGAGAUCCGUGGCUGUUCUAUUUGGUGUUGUGCAUUGAUUUGUAAACACCUUCAGGAGGUCUAUCAGAAGAAGGGUCAGGAUAUGCAUGAGAAGAUCAAUGCAGUUUUACUCGAUUAUUAUCUUUGGGAUUAUGCCAGGGAUCACAGGGCAGAGAUGAAAGACAUCCCAUUCCAUCGAGUACGGUGUAUAUAUUACUAAAGUCCACUCUGAUAGCCCUUGUAUUGCUGACUUUUGAACUGCUGUUUUGCUUUUUGUGUGGUCAUUUGUCAUGCACUAAUCUGUUAAAUCCUUGUUUUCUAGUGAUGUAGUAACAAUGUGCCUUUUUUCUCCCCAGCAUUGUUUUACUACCUUUCUUUUAAUCUUUUGCUUGCCCUGACUGAAAUUAACAGUGUAAACUUUGUGGGCAACCUAUGUCAAGGUGGGGUUUAUUACUUCUUCUUUGACCUUUGUAUCGGUGUACAUGGCUACCUGUGCACACAGCCAGAUGUGCAGAUCCUGUGGUGUUACCUUGCACCUCGGCCUCUCCCUGUUCCUGCCUGUCCCCUCUCAUACCUGCACAGAGGUGGCAGGUGCUUGGCAGAUGCUUUUCUGCUCAGACAUGGACGUGUAAUCCGUCCAGUCAUUCAAUAAAUGGUGAGGUGACAGACGUGC